UUUAGUUCGAACGCUCGCACGAAAAAAUGUCAGGCGCAAAACAAGGAAAUCUAAAAAUGGAGCAACUGUAUGCUCGUCGCCGCAGAUACAAGAUCAAAAGUGCCAAGAGGGGUGUCUGCAAAUUCCUACCUGAUUUGAAGUGCAAAUCUCUGGGAGGCAUUGGACACAAGAUAAAGGAUCUGCUGACCUCGUUGCUUCCGUCCUCGGAUUUCUAUAAGAACUCGCUGCGAUUCUACAAGCGCUGCACAAAACCAGAUCGUCACGAGUUCCAGCGCAUUAGCAUUGCCAUUGGCGUGGGAUUCCUCAUCAUGGGCUUGAUUGGAUUCGCCGUUAAGCUGAUGCACAUACCCAUAGUCAACAUCAUCAUGGACUGAGGGAUAGAGCUCUAGUGGAAAUAAAGAUUCAAUUCC